GGCGUGCUAGAUUAGAGGUAUUCUUGUUAGAAAAAAAAACUAUUUACUUAAAAAGUGCUACGAUAAGUUUUUUCGUUUUGUAAUCAUAAAUUUGUGAUAAUUAUUGGGUGAAAACCGUUGCAAUUUGUAUAAAUAUUGUACGAAUUAAUAAAAAAAUAUAUUUAAGUGACAAUGACCUCAUACACCGAUAAGGGACCGAAGCCAAAAUUCGGCAAAUUUCUCAGUUUCGAUCACUUGACCUUCUAUGUGGGCAACGCCAAACAGGCAGCCAGUUUCUAUACAACACGUUUCGGCUUUACCCACGUCGGCUAUAGGGGCCUAGAAACCGGACAUCGUCGUCUGGCAAAACAUGCAGUUAAACAAAAUCGUAUUAUUUUCGUUUUCGUGUCAGCAUACAAUCCCGAUGAUGCUGAGCAUGGUGAACAUUUGGUAAAGCACGGUGAUGGCGUUAAGGAUGUUGCUUUUGAAGUAGAAGAUUUGGAAGCGAUUUUUAAAUAUGCAAAAGAACGCGGCGCUGAGGUGGUGCGUGAGAUUUGGGAGGAGAAAGAUGAUUAUGGCGUUGUACGAUUCGCCACUAUUAAGACGUACGGUGAUACAACACACACCUUUGUCGAUCGCACCAAAUACAAUGGUAAAUUCUUGCCCGGUUUCAUAACACCAGCACCAGACAAUCUCCUUAAAGGUCUCCCACCCACAAAACUCGACUUUAUCGAUCAUGUUGUGGGCAAUCAGCCGGACUUGCAAAUGGAAAGUGUGGCAGCCUGGUAUGAGCGCGUAUUGCAGUUUCAUCGUUUUUGGUCAGUAGAUGAUUCUCAAAUACACACCGACUACUCGGCGUUGCGUUCCAUUGUAAUGGCUAAUUAUGAGGAAAAUGUUAAAAUGCCCAUUAAUGAGCCGGCAAAGGGUAAGAAAAAAUCCCAAAUCCAAGAGUAUGUGGAGUAUUAUGGCGGUGCUGGGGUGCAGCAUAUUGCGCUCAAUUCCAGCGAUAUUAUUACGGCUGUACGUAAUUUGCGUGCGCGUGGCUUGGAAUUCCUCACCAUACCCAGUUCGUAUUAUGACAUUUUGGAGGAGAACUUAAAGAGCAGUCGUACGAAGAUUAAAGAGGAUAUGCAGUUGUUGAAGGAAUUAAAUAUUCUAAUAGAUUAUGAUGAGAAUGGUUAUUUAUUGCAAAUUUUCACAAAAAAUCUACAAGAUAGACCGACAUUAUUCAUUGAAGUUAUUCAGCGUCAUAAUCAUAAUGGUUUCGGUGCCGGCAACUUUAAAUCUCUCUUCACAGCCAUUGAAAUAGAGCAGGCUAAAAGGGGAAACUUGUAGUAUUCAAUAAUG